AUGACUGACGAAAGAUUGAAAGAACGCCUUCGCUUGCUCAGACAAGGCCGUCAACCCGAUACUCCGAAAGCGUCUUCCUCUAUCCCUCCCAACACGACCCAGUCCGACUCCAGAAUAUCUACUGCCAAACGUGGUAGAGCUCAAACGACGCAUACGAUCCAACAGGCUGAUACGGAUCAGCAAUUAUUCGAGAGGCUUCGCGACCUACAGUCCAGCGGCAAAGUCCCCCCUUCCAAGCCUCAGCCUCGAGCUGCAUUGCCAGACAUCGCUUCAGCUCCCUCGCGCGCACAGCCACGCGACGAGCAGGACGAGAUCGACGCCCUCAUCCAGUCCACUCAGGACCAGUUGGACAUCGAGCGAUCCGUUGAUAAAGGCGCGAUCAGCUCUCUCGAAGUCGACUCCGAUCACCUCACAGACUCGGACGCAGAAGAAGACAUCGACGCGCUCGCAAAAGAAGCCGCAGAGAUCGUCAACGCAGUCCGUGACGAGCUCGCCGUUGAAGCUUCCGCCCUUUCAGACACUGCUCAACCCAAUCAAGACCCUUCAGACCCUCUGAACAACGUUCGUGAAGACGCUCGAUCAACCAUGGUGCCUUCGAAUCCCGAGAUCGAGAAUGCCCUGGCCGAUGCCUCGCAGGACAGCGAUCUCUUCAUCAACAACGAUGCCUCCCUCCGUCCGCCGCGUGAUGCGGCUGUCGGCAACCCAAAGAAGGGUUCGCGCCGCAACUGGCUCGGCGGCCGCUUCUUCUUUGUCGCGAUGCUGACUCUGUUCGUCUUUGCCAUCUCCGCCGUUCCAGGCGCCUACGCUUUCGGCGCCGGCAACAUCCCCUCCUACGCCUUUAUGGAAGGCAAGGCCUUCCGUCACGGUGACAUUGAAGACAUCCUUGAGGAACUCUUCAAAAAGGCCGGUGGCUCCCUCUUCGGUAACAGCAAGUUCGGUGGUCUCGACAUCAAGCGCACCUACUUUGGCAACUGGCUGCGCGACUACAGCCAGGCCAUGGACGUGGCUGCCCUGCAAAAGAUGUCGAAGCAGGCCAUCCUCAACCUCGUCAUGGUGCUUGGCUUCUUGGCUCACGGCUACGCUACCGCUGAAUUUCAGGUCACCGACGAGAGGCUCGGCGUCUACUUACCCGAAGAGCACCUCGACAAUCCCAAGGGCUACGCGGAUGGCAAGGACGCCCGAGAAUAUGACCCGCGUCUUCGCGAGCCUAUCAACCCGCAGGAGCUGGAGAUCGACCCCCGUUCCGGUAUGAAGAACUACCUCGCCAACGAAAGCGGAGGAUGGCGUACCGGCUCGGGUCUCAUUCGCCGCACGCUUGUCCGCGUCAUCGAGAUGGGCCGACGCGCUCGUGACAGCGGUCAAGAGGCAGAUUUGUACGAGGCGUACCGCCUCUUGGGUCAAGCUCUUCACACGCUCGAGGACUUCCCCGCCCACAGCAACUGGACCGAACUUGCUCUCCACCGUCUUGGCAAUCGCAACGUCUUCCUCCACGUCGGCGACAAUGUCAAAGUGCGUGCUCCCGAUGGCACACAGAUCGCACCCGUCGUCACGGGAACCUUCGGAAGUGCCGACUUUAUUCACUCGCUGCUCGGCGAGGCUCAGGAUCACCUGUCGGAAGCCUCUAUCUCGGAUCUCAACAAGGCCAUGGACGACGCCAAGCGGCAGUCGAGCGGUAACAACCGCAGCUCUGUCCAAGACCUCCUCGGCAUGCUCACCAAGAUUCCCGGCGGUGGCGGCAGCAACGUCUCGCGCGAUCUCGAGGACGUCUCCCGCGGUCCCGUCACCGACCCUGCCCAGAUGUCUCCACAGGAGAUGUACGCCAACCUCUGGAAGAUCCUCGAACUUCGCGACCGCAUCAUGAAGGGCAUCGCAGGCACGAUUGAAAAGAUCCCUGGUCUCAAUGCGCUCGUGGAGAAGCUGGGCAAUGAGCUGUCGAUUUUUACCCUGACGCUCAUCGAGCCGUAUGCGAAGCCGAUCAUGGAACAGGGAAUGAGCGCUCUCAAGAUGGGAUCCGGUGCCGUCAUCAACAAGCAGGAGCAAUUCGAAGUGUUCGACGACCCCAACGCUUCGGACCCGACCCACUCGAUGCUCAGCAAAGACCACUUCGGUCUCAUCCUCAACGAGGUCGCUGGCAACGUUGCCAAGAUCAUUGUACGCAACACUGUGACCCGAGUUGUCAAGGCGUGGGACGAUCGCAGCCUCGAUGCUGCGCGCGUUGCGGACGAAUGCCUUGCGCCCAUGUUCCACCCGUACUGGUUCAACCAGCAAGGUGCUGCGCCGGUGCAGAAGGAGAUGAUGGACUACGUCGCCAACUGGGCCAGGAGCCACUCGACCGAGAUCGGACGGCUGAGCAAGCAGAGCGUGCGAGCCCACACCAACACGCGCUCUGGAAAGGCGGAACCUCACACGCACGGCGACGAUCAGCCGAACAUCAGCUCCUUCAUGGGCGGUGCCAACAGUCAGGCCGCCCACAACUUCCAGAGCAACCACCACUACGGCAGUGGCGGUGGUGGUGGAGGAGGAGGAGGCUAUCCCGGCAGCAGCGGUGGUGGUGGAGGGGGUGGCAACAGCAUCGGAGCGCAGAUGGCGGGCUAUGCGAGCAACUACGUGUCGAACCAGGUGCACGGUUUUGUCGGUGGACGCAUCCCCGGUGGCAACCAGUUCUUCCGUGAACUUCCCGAAGGUGGUUCAGGUGGCCCUGGAGGACCUGGAGUGGAGUCUGGCUACGGCGGUGGACGCGACGAAAAUGAGAGUUCGUAUGAGCACAGUGGUCCCGGAGGACCUGGAAGAGACUCUAGCUACGGCGGUAGACGCGACGAGAACGAGAGUUCGUACGAGCACAACCGGCCGUCGUUCCCACAAGCCGAGCCGACGGGUCAACACGGCGGAUUCGGUGGUCACGACGGUUACGCGCCUCCUGCUGGACCUCCCCCCGGACAAGGCGGAUACGGCGGAGGUUACGGUCAACCCGAAUACGGACAGCAGCAGGGCGGAGGAUACGGUGGGCCACCCCAAGGCUACGGCCAGCAGCCACCACAGCAAUACCCUGAUCCCGGCGGAUACGGUCAAGGCGGCUACAACCAGGGCGGAUACAACCAAGGCGGGUACAACCAGGGCGGCGGUGGUUACGGCGGCGGUUACGGCGGUGGUUACUAG